CCAGGAAGCCAGCAGUGACAUCACUCUUCAGAAUUCCCCUUCAGCACGACGAAGAGCCACAGCGACGAAGACAGAAAAACAGAGGAAUAACGGAGUUUGCUGCUGUCUGACAUUGCUGUUUAAGGCGACUUUACAACCAACACGUUAAAGGAUGUCUCUGUAUCCAUCCCUCGAGGACCUCAAGGUCGACAAGGUUAUGAAGGCUCAGGCCCAGUUUGCGCAGACUGCCACCCCAAUGCCAGCUAUCACAGAGGGAACCUACCAGCCUCAGCCUGUCACUGCUGGGAUGCCAUCAUCAACCUUGUACCCAAACCUAGAGGAGCUGGGAGACUACAUGGGUCUGGCCCUUAACAGUGAUGAAGUCCAGAGGAACCUGGCCCUGGUGCCUGUGGCUGACAAUCAAGUGGCAGUGCCCGCCAGCUCAAGUUUUGGAGGGAUGGUGCGGCCGGUGACGGGGGCAGAUGUUGGCAUCAGGAGGGCAGAGAUCCGCCCAGGGCUGCGGGAGGUUAUCCUCUGUAAGGACCAGGAUGGGAAAGUGGGACUCCGGCUCAGGGCCAUCGACAACGGAGUGUUUAUCCAGCUGGUGCAGGCUAACUCCCCUGCGGCCCUGGCCGGGCUGCGUUUUGGCGACCAGGUCCUUCAGAUCAACGGGCAGAACUGUGCUGGCUGGAGCGUAGACAAGGCCCACAAGGCCCUGAAGGCUGCGGCCGAGACGCGCAUUGAGCUCGUGGUCAGGGACAGGCCAUUUCAGCGCACCGUCACCAUGCACAAAGACAGCUCCGGCCACGUGGGCUUUAUCUACAAGUCUGGUAAAAUCACCUCACUGGUCAAGGAUGGCUCUGCUGCCCGCAACGGCCUGCUGACUGAGCAUUACAUCUGUGAAAUCAACGGUCAAAACAUUAUUGGACUCAAGGACUCUCAGAUCAAGGACAUUCUGACCACCUCUCCCACUGCCAUGACCAUCACCAUCAUGCCCAAGUUCAUCUAUGAACACAUGAUUAAGAGGAUGUCAGGAGGUCUCCUGCGAUCAGCCAUGGAUCACUCUGUUCCAGAGGUUUGAAGAUCAGGAGGACUGUCAACUGUCAGGAUGUCUACAAUACAGAGAUCUCUCUCUCUUUCUCUCUCUCUUUAUCUCUUUCUUUCUCUCUCUCUCUGUCUUCAUACCAAACCACCUCCUGCAUCACAAUCAUCGUCGCCAUUUCUCAUCUUUAACAUGAUCUUAAAAUGCCUUUUUUUUCUAUUCUUCAGUUGUUCAGUGUAAUCUUUACCUUUUCUACAUUUUCCUUUUCUCUGUUGACAUGUCUCAUACUUUUUUAUAUGUUAACCUUGUAGUGUACGUAUGACAUGUUUAUUUUCUUGUUUUGUAUUUGAGAUCAAGGACAGUACAAAAUGUUUAUUUUAAGCCAUGCACACUAUCAUGAGUCCAGAGCUUCCUCCUCAUUGUGGAGAUGAAUCAUUGGCAUGUGACGUUUCAUCUUGUCAAAAUGCUGUAAAAGCCAAUGAUCAGUCAUCAGAGCCCUAUCAUGUUGAUGACAGCUGUGCUCCCAGUCCCUGCACUUGGCCCCUAACUUGUGUACGUAAAUAAUCUGAGCUGAAUAAAAAUCCAGGGCCUCAUGGUAAUAAGUUUGCUGACUUGAUUCUAGAUUCCAGUGUCAUUUUUACUUGGCCAGUAAAACUAACAAGUUUUAGCAAAGGAGUUGUUUUUAGUUUACACCAUAUGUUGAUGAAAAUUAGUGUUGAUUUUGACAUCUUGAGAUUUUUUUUUUUUUUCAUUUUGUAGAUACCAGAUAUUUCUAACAUACAAGUGAGAGUUAUGACAUAAGCAGUUACCACUUUCUCCAAGAGGUGGCAAGUUAUCAUUGUGCCACAUUUCAAUGUCAUGAUGAGACUCUGAUGUGUUGAAUUUUUAGGUAUUGGGAACACUGUGUGCACAUUCCAGGGGAAAGUGUAGGGAAAGGGGCAGCAGUAGAUGUUUGUUGUCCCUUGCAGCUGGGACUUAACCUUGUCCACAAACACCACAAGAACAACGACAUGGUGAAAGGCACAAGUAAACACUGAUGUGAUUAACUGGCAAGAUAUGGUCUUCAAACUAUAGCGAUAUAGUUGUGAAUAGUUGGAGAAAGAGUAGUUGGUGUUUGUCUGGACAGGGUCUGUGCAGGGCGGACCCACUAAGUGCACUUUCCACUACCUUUUAAGAGGUUGUCUUUCCUGUAUCCAUUUCAACAGUGAAGUUCAACAGUUGUGCUUUUUUUAUUAUUGUGUUUGUGGUGCCUCUUGUCAAUGAGAGAACUCAUGAAAACAAACCUGUAUGUUAAACAUAGGUAACUGCUGAAAUUUGAUGCUGAAAAUCAUCCGCUCAAAUUGAAAGCAUUUAAAUUCCACAUCAUGGUUUAAGCCAGUGAACUUGCUCUCCUCUGCUAAGUGUUGUUAGAGGAUGUCCCUCUGUAAUAUCCCUUCCCUGACUGAUGAGCACAGUGAGACUGAGCAGAGCUCACAGUUGUGAAUUUCUACUUGUUAUAUAAAGUUGCUCCUUUUAAUGCUGUUCAUGUUCGGAUGCAUGUAUUCCUUUAAUUUUCUAGGUAUGCAAUCUGAUAAACAUCACUGUCAUUCUGUAAGAAAAGGCUAGAAAAAAAUCUAAAAGUUUAUAUACGAAUGUAACCAAGAUAAUAUUGGAAAACAAAUAAACAGUCUUUCUGUUCACAUAA